UCAAGAAAAGAAUAAGGCACUUUGAAAAUGGAAAGUUUCAGUGCCGAGGAAAUCUCCCUUUCCUCAAGGAAAUAGGGUUUCCUGAUGUCCUUCAAGGAUCAAGAACGGGGCUGGGCACAUGAUGUGUCCGAAGGAAGGAAUGGAUUGAAUUGAGCCCCUGCAGAACGUGGACUCUUUGGAGGCACUGAAUUUGGUCUCUGGGUAUAUACUUGCCUUGGACUGGCCCACUGAGUGGUGAAAAGCAAUGGACCAAAAGAGAUAUGCCAAGUUUCAACAACACAAAUCAAGCCUUCCAAGAACCAUCUCAGUUAAACUUGAGAAAGCAACAGUGGUUGAUAAUGAUGAGAUUUGUGAUCCCGUUGGGCCAUCAAAAUUUGUUCUGAAGAAUCUUCAGCUUUACACAGUCCAUCCAAAUUUGGCGAAGUACUAUGAGCCUUUGAAGCCCACUGCCGUGCAGAAAUUCCUGGCUCGAAAUGAGAAAAUCAGAAGCUUCAUGUUGAAAGUAGCGGAGUAUGACCAGGAUAAGACCUUACUGAUUAUGACCAACAACCCACUUCCCUGCCCAAUUGACCAAGAAGGAAAGGACAUGGCCCCAAAAUACUUCUCCAAGGAGUUGCUGCUCAAGGAAGGUCAUCGGCCCAAGCCCGCUGAGAACUUCUGCCUACCCUUGAUGUCUCAGGAAAAAAAGUUACGAUCUGGACUGAAACCAACCUUUCCUGUGACCCUGUCGGAGGAUCCUACAUCCAAGCGAGAACAGUGGUUUAGGUUUUCCACCGACAAUGAUUUCAAGAGCGAAGGGAAGUAUUUAAAGGUCUAUGCUUUGAGGAAACAGAAACAAAUGUAUCCCCAGCUCAACUUUUCUUCAGUCUGUAAAAGAGAUAUGAGGAAAGAUGUUGCAAAGUCAGGGAAUGACCCGCCGACUUCCAAGAUGAUUUGGGAACCACUAACCCUUUCUUCGCUCCUGGAAGAGAAACCCAUCAGAACUGUGCCAGGGGGGAGCAUGUUCCGCAAUGGAAGGGCCCAGCAGUGGGUAAUCAAAAACGCCACUGUCGUCAAGUGAAAACAAACCCUCCGGGCCUCCCGCCUCGGUCUCCAGAGACUAAGGGGACUGCAGAAGUCACCUCCCAGGGCGUGCCAACCUAAUAAAGUCGCAUUCUGCCCGCUCCGGGCCAGGGCCAGCCCCCAGCUCCAACCUGUCGCUGCAGGGGCCCGGACGCAGCCCAGGGGCCCCAGCCCCUGGCCCCGCCUCCGCCCGGCUGGGGGAGGAGGAG